AUGGAGACUACUUCUGUUAUCCAAAAAUCCCAAAAGAAAAAGCAGAAACUGAAUGAAGAAGAGGACAUUGAUGAGACCAGCAAAAACUUAGGAAACUUACCUGAGGAGAUUCUUCGACACAUCCUUUCCUUUCUUCCAACAAAAGAUGCUGUUGGGACAAGCCUACUUUCUAAAAGGUGGGACUACCUAUGGGAUUCUAUUCCCAAUCUAGAUUUUAACCUCUAUGGAAUCUUGCGUGGUAAGAGAAAGAGUAAGAGAACGCUUUUUAUGAAUUUUGUGGACAGGGUUCUCUGUCUUCGUGACUCCUAUGAUAUAAAACGAUUCGCUCUCUGUUGUGAUGUCACUGAUGAGUUACAUGAUGCAUCUCGUGUUCAUAUGUGGAUCUCUGUUGCAAUAAAGCAUAAUGUUCAAGAUUUGAAUAUUAAUCUUGAAAUCUUCAACGGAGAAUUUUCACUGCCUUAUUGCUUGUUUACUUGUGAGACACUCAUAAGCUUACACCUUGAUAUGUCGGGUAUACUCAAGCUUCCCACUACGAUUUGUUUCUCCAAUCUCAAGGUCUUGACUAUGGAAAAUGUUACAUUUUCGGAUGAGUACUUGACCCAGCAGUUUUUCUCUGGUCUGCCAGUCCUUGAGAAGUUGAAAUUAUACAUUUGCGGCUGGAGGAAUCUCAAGGUUGUGCGUAUAUCCUCUCCCAAGCUUCAAUUUCUGAGCGUAGUGGACUUUGAGAGGCCAGAUUGGAGUAAUUGGGAAGGUUGUCAGGUUAUGAUUUCUGGAGUUCGGCUCAAAGAAUUUCAUUACAGGGGUCUUUUGUUUGGCGAAUAUUGCUUAUAUGAGUCAUUCAAACUGGAAAAGGCAGAGAUUGACUUACAUGAGUCUCAAGCUGAUGCCCAUGAUCGCAUGCAUAAGCUUCUUACUGGGCUCUCCAACGUGCAAUUCCUAAAACUUUCCUCUGAAGUGGUUAUGGUUUUGAUACAUGCAGAAGAACUCCUAACUAAUAUGCCUACGUUCAAUAACCUGAAGGAUUUGGAGUUGAAUGGAACGUCACUUGAUCUUGACUGUGAAGCACUGCUGAAGAUAUUGCAAAGUUUUCCUUGUCUUGAGAAUUUGAAAAUUUUGCGUGACAUCAAUCUGUUGUCAAGUUGUGAAGAAGAUGAUAGGAUAUUGUGUCCAGUGCCUCCAUGUUUCUUGUCGCAUCUCAAGUGGAUUAAAGUCAAUCGUUACGAUGUAGAUGAGAAGAAGCUUUCUGCCAUAAAAUUUUUGCUUAAGAAGGCAAUUGUCUUGGAAGAAGUAGUUAUAUCUUCAGUGAAUGUUGGAGGGAACUUAGAGAAGCAACUGAAGGCUUGCAAAGAAAAAGAAACUAACAGUGGGUCUAGCAAUCUCAAGGAUCUGGUCACUGAGGACGUGCUUCAGUCAAGGGACAAGAAGGUGACUGCCCCCAAGGAGACCAAGGCCAGGUUCAAGGCUGAGAAGAACAGGUGGUCCUUAAGAGUCAAUUGUAAAUUAGAUGUAAUCUCUCUCCUCUCUCGAACACAGAGUGGGCUGUGGGUGAGGUUUGUUGAUUUUUGA